AUGUCUGGUGCACUCCACGAAAUGCUCGGCGUACCUGUGCAGUUUGAGGUCCCUCAGAUAGGAGAAAUGCAACAACCUUAUCAUGUAGCGCUUGGUGGUGGACUCUCAACUGCGCUGGGCUUGCUACUGUCACAGCCUCACUCUCGACAGCAUGCCUGGUCAGCAAAAGAUUGCCCUAAACCUCACUGUGUCCCUGACCCAAUACCUGCUGCCCAAAAACCAAAACCAGCAGUAGGCAAAACAAGCUCUCAAACGUACGCUGAUAAAGUCAGGGGGGGCAACACCAGUCUCUCUGAAAUAGCCAUAGAGAGCCCUAAGGAAUUCCAUACCAAACCAGAUCCAAAACCCAAGUCAAAUCUAAUUGAAAGUCUCGGCAUCGGAGACAGAACUGAAGCUCUGAUGGCCGAAAUUCAACAAAUAAGAAAUGAGUACGAGGAACAAAACAUUGCCGAACCAGAAAGGGCAACCUCUACUCCCGUCCGAGACAUCGAUAUUGAGCUCCCCCCAGGUUGGGACGAGCUCAACAUCGACGACUAUGAUCGAAGCAGAGAGGAGAUUGAUCUUCGAACCGCAGCAGAAAGUCUACAAAGAUCAAUUAACCGGGCGUCAGAAACCCUAAACCAAUCCACCAAUACCACCUUCAAAACCCCGGCAAAAACCUCCACUAAACGUCCAAUAACAAGCCCUUUCGAAGACAAUCAAGAAAAGAAAAACCGAAUAGAAGACCCUAGAAAGACUAACCAGAGAUCUAUCUCACGAGAUAGAACUGUGGGUAGUCGGGACUCAAGGGUCAGCAGAUGCGUUGCCGGUAAAGUUCAGAAAGACCGGCAGAGAUCAUCAUCACACAACAGAAAAUAA